AUGGCUCGGGCUCCGGGCACCGUCUUCUGUCUUGGCCUUCUGAUCCGGAUUCUGAUGACGGACCGUGUCCCAGCACCUCUCACCUGUGAGUUCCGAGAUGGUCUUUCUCUUUCCUUUGAAUUCUUCAUCACACCAAAGCCCAAAUCUGGACAAUCAUGGUGUGAGUUUGGAGGUAAGGUCAAUGGAAAGGAUUAUCUUUCCUAUGCUUGUGAGAGUGAGAAGGUCGAACUCGUUGGUCCUCUGAGGAUGAAGCAGACUGGCAUAGAGUUAUGGGAGAGACAGAGAGAAACUGUGAAAGACCUGCUAGAAGAGCUCAAAAAGAAACUUCUUGACAUGAAAGCAGAGGAUUUCCCUCACAGCGAUUCUGUCUCCCUGCAGGGCACGAUGGUGUGUAAGUGUGGGGACAAUGGACACACCAGUGGAUCCUGGGAGUUUCACACCAGUGAACAGAUAUCCUACUUCUUUAACUCGACAAGUGGAAAUUGGAGAGUUCAUCCUAGAGGCCGACAGCUAAGGGCCGCAUUUGACACUGACAGAGAUUUGACCAAUUGCCUCAUGAAGAUCUCAAAUGGAGACUGUAAGAAGUGGCUUGAGCAAAUAUUGGUGCACUGGGAUGAAAUACCGGAGACAACAGCACUGCCAGUCACGCAGCAAGUCCCAGCCCCGUCCAGGGCCACGGCCUUCAGACCCAUCAUCUGGAUCCUCUCCAUGAUUCUCAGCUGUGUCAUCAUAAUUGGCAUCCAAGGCAGGGUCCUUUAGAUUGAGAGGGA